AUGGCCAAACGAGAUGCGAACACGCUCGCCAAGCAGAUCCCCGAUCCAGCACAAGACGGAGCUGUAAAGCGACAGAAGAAAGAUGUCGCCCAACGGGAGGAUGAGUUGGACUCGGUCGACGACCAAGCCCUACUCGCAGCAGCAGAAGAGGUCGAGUUGGCAGCUUCCAACCUCGGCUCAUCUCAACCUGAAUCUGUCGCUGCAUCCUCUUCCGCAGCAACACCCGCCUCUCUAGCUCCCAAAGCAACAACCAUUCUAAAACAAUCCACCCUCUUCCCCUCCAAUCCCAGCUCUACAUGCUCCCAACCCUCCUCCUACCAACCCCACUCAGACCCCUCCACUGACCCUGUCCACUUGGAACGAACCACAAUGUCAUCCAAAUGGUACACACUCCUUCUGCCCGAAUUCUCGAAACCAUACUUCACCACCCUCAAAUCCUUCCUCUCCACCCAAAACCCUAAAACCACGUACCCACCCAGUCAUCUCAUUUACAACUGGUCUCGUCUCGUUCCCUCGCCUUCCCACGUCCGGGUAGUGGUUGUGGGACAAGACCCUUACCACGGCCCUAACCAAGCUUGCGGACUUUCGUUCAGCGUUGCCAAGGGUGUGCCUACUCCUCCGUCGUUGAAGAAUAUAUAUAAAGAGUUAGCAGCCGAGUAUCCCGGUUUUAAGGCGCCGAAUCAUGGAUGUUUGGAUGGAUGGGCGAAACAGGGAGUGCUCUUGCUGAAUGCUUGCUUGACAGUGAGUGCUGGUCAGGCGGGGAGUCAUCAUGGGAAAGGAUGGGAAGUGUUGACCAAGAGAGUGCUCAAGAUGAUUGCUGAUGAUGCCGCUGAUAGUGGUGCUGCCAAGGAAGCGAAUAGGCGUGCGGUGAAGGAGUCCAAGAUCGCGAGUAUGUUUGCUACUCUACAGGACAAAACAAACAGCAGCAGUGGGGAGGAGAAAAAGAAAAAGAAAGAGAAGAAAGAGCAGGGAGGGGAAGGGCAAGGGGAAGGGCAAGGGGAAGGGCAAGGGACGCAGAACAAAGGAGUAGUGUUCCUAAUCUGGGGUGCUCCAGCUGCAAAAACACUAGCGGAAGCAGGAGUGACAGAGAAGAAUGCGAAUGUCCUCAUACUCAAGUCUCCUCAUCCUUCGCCACUUUCGGCACACAGAGGAUUUUUGGGUAAUGGACACUUUAAGAAAGCCAACGAAUGGUUGAAACAACGAUAUGGAGAGGAGGGGAUGAUCGAUUGGUCCAGACUGUAA